AUCUAGUGGCGGGAAAUAUGUUCUUCUCUGGCAGGAAGUGACGCAAUCAAAACAAUAAACGUGCGGAGCUUUGUGAAAGAAAUGAGCGGAGCGCUCUCACAAUGUCUUAUUUAAAAUAAUUAGUAUUUUUCUGUCACUACAGCAAGCCGCAGUUGUUCGAACAGCGUUUCUUCACGGUCACGUCAUUCAGAUUUGGGCGCUAAUGGCAGCCUCGUUACCGCAGAAGCCGGGGAUGGCAGGGCUGCCCCCCCAGCAGCAGCCUCACCUGCCCCCCAGUGCUGCCUCAGCUCCGGGUCAGCAGCCCAUGCCCCCUCAGGGAGCCCUGAGGGAAAUCUCCCCGGUGUUCCUCUGCCGGAUCGGACAGGAGACUGUCCAGGACAUUGUCACCCGGACCAUGGAGAUUUUCCAGAUCACACGAGCUACGCAGCUUCCUAAUGGUGUGACCCAGAGCCAGGCGAUGUACCAGGACCGCUUUGGGAAGCUCCAGGAACACCUGCGGCAGCUCGCCCUGCUGUUCAGAAAGCUCCGGCUCCUGUACGAGCGCUGCGUGGAGAUGACCUCUGACCUGCAGGAGGGGCCAGCAGAGCUUCUGCCGUAUGUCGGGGAGGAGCUGGCUUCUGUCAAAGUGGAGCCCUGCAGUGCUGCUGUGAACCAGGAGAGAAGAGAGGUUCUGGAGAAGGUACGUCAGAAGAACCAGGAGAUGAAGAUUCUGAUGGAUCAGAUGAGGAACCUGCUGUGGGACGUCAACGCCAUGCUGACGCUGAGGAAAUGAUUGUUCUUCUAGAUUGAGUUCCACAAAAGUUAAGACUGCAUAAAGGGAACAAGCAGGUGAAACAAGGGACUCACCUCCUUUGUGCUGACACUUCAUCACUGAACUCACAAUUCACUUACAGGUCACCCAAGACUGUCUGCUGUUCAUUAUGUAUUAUAAUGGCGUUGUUGAGGGGAAAACUAUUAAUAAGAUAGGAUGAAAUAAUAAGCUUGUGUCAACCUGAUACACUCCAGCUCCAAGAACCUUCUGUUUGUACAAGGCAGCUGACAUCCCAGUUUCUGUUUGCCAAGUGUCUACAACUGUUAUUUUGUCACUCUGUGUUUAUUCAAAGAAGUUCUGGACUCCUGUUUUCAUACUGUUAAAAUGAGUUGAAACCUGUUACGCCUCAGGUGAGACCAAACAAACAAACGUUUGCUUAAACACUGUAUUAUUGGUGUUUUGGCCCCCAGGCGCUGCCUCUACACCAGACAGGCUUGAAUUCAUUGCAGUAAUUCUUCCAGAAAGCACAGGAGCAGAUCUUAACCACUUUGUUUACAAUAGGAACAAUUGCCCUUAUUACGCUCCGUCAGUUGUAAAACACUAUGGGUUCAGAAUCCAAAUUAGCCCCUUGGCAGCUAUGUAUCUCAGGUGCUUUGUACGUGUGUGUGUGUGUGUG